GAUUGUUUACCUCUCGCGAUACUUGGGAGGACCUCGGAGACCCGGAAACAUGGCGACAGAACACGGAAGAAAGUGGGACCGUUGUCUUGCAGACACCGCGGUGAAAACAGCAACAGGCCUUGGUGCGGGCAUCUUCUUCUCGCUCAUUUUCUUUAAACGACGCACAUGGCCCGUCUCGUUUGGCUCCGGUUUGGGUCUGGGCAUGGGCUACGCUAACUGCCAGAACGACUUCAAGUUGCCGUAUUUGACUCACGGCCGCCCGGUGAAGGACCAGCAGUGAAGGAUUAACAGGGAUGCGGAUUCACUACACAGGCAUCUGUUUUCUGUUGCCCCGUCGCUUUAAGUCCAGCUCAGGGCAGUUGGUGUAUAUUUAAUAAAGUAACAAAGGAGAA